AAACAGCGAAGGACGUCUAGCUCUGGGCUGACGCUGGAGCAGAAGAAGACGAAUCACAUAAUGUCGGAGAACCGCCGGCGGAAUCAGAUUCGGUCGUCGUUUGACCGGCUGGUAGAGCUUGUGCCACAACUCGAUAGCACCGAGAGCCGGUCGGAAUAUGCCAUUUUGACCAAGACGGCCAACUACAUUGUGCAGCUCCGUAAGGAGAAUGAGCGUUUGGAGCAGCUC